AUGGAAGUCGCACUAGGUCCCGGCGACCGAGCUCGAGCCGCCGGAGCGGAGGGGGCAGCCUCCGUCGCCUCGCAAAGGGGGGCACGGAGAUCCCCCCAACAACACACGAGAACACGACCAUUCGGGGGAACGGGCGGCGACAGCGCCAUAAUAAUGCAGGAGCUACGCCACAGAGUCCAAAACCUAGAACGACAGCUGGCUGACCGGGAACGGGAUGGACAGUUUACCGACCCAAGCUAUACCCCGUCUCCCGGGAGCGAGGAGGAGGACUCUCACAGAAGCCGCCCGCGGCGUACAUCCGCAUCCCGGACGGAAGCGGAAAGCACGCGGGAGGAAUCACCCGUAAGAAGAAGACGAAAUGACACGAUCAUCUAUUCCCGCGGCAGAGCAACCCGCCGAGCGGCAAGAGGUCGCGAAGACGGGGAAGGGAGACCUGACAGAACAAGACAACCUGUGAUAAUGGGCGUCACCCCGUUCCACCGAUCCGUCCUCGAGGUCCGGUUGCCGAAACACUUCGACAAACCAACGGACAUGAGGUAUGACGGAACUCAGGACCCUCUGGAACACCUCACGGCCUUUGAGGCCAGGAUGAACCUAGAGGGAGUAGGGGACGAAGUAAGAUGCCGCGCCUUCCCGGUUACCCUAGCAGGACCAGCGAUCAGAUGGUUUAACGGCCUCCCUCAAAGUUCCAUCUACAAUUUCUCAGACAUCAGCCGUGCAUUCCUUGCCCAAUUUACAAUGCGGAUAGCAAAGGCCAAGCACCCCAUCAACCUUUUAGGGGUAACCCAGAGACAAGGAGAGCCGACCAGGAGGUACUUAGAUCGGUUCAACGACGAAUGCUUGGAAAUCGACGGCUUAACCGACUCGGUGGCCAGUCUCUGCCUGACAAAUGGCCUCCUCAAUGAGAACUUCCGAAAACACCUUACCACGAAACCGGUUUGGACAAUGCAUGAAAUCCAGACGGUGGCCAAGGAGUACAUAAACGACGAGGAAGUCAGCCGAGUCGUGGCUGCCAAUAAGCGGCAGUCCGGCUACAGCCAAGCUCGUCAGUCCGGUGGGGACGGUGAAAGAGCAAAAGACAAGGCCAGGGAGGAGGCAUCAAACAAAGCACCUAGGCCGUUUCCUCGAGUCGGAAAGUUCACUAACUACACCCCACUCACUCUCCCCAUCGUGGAAGUUUACCAGCAAAUAGCUGAGAAGGGAAUCCUUCCGAAGCCCCGACCACUUAAGGACCGUACGGGAGGAAACAAGAACCUUUACUGUGAUUACCACAAGGGUUAUGGCCAUCAAACACAGGACUGUUUUGACCUGAAGGAUGCACUGGAACAAGCGAUAAGGGAGGGAAAGUUAGCAGCGUUCUCCCAUCUCAUCAGGGAGCCGAGAAGACGUUAUCGUGAUCAAGACGAGGAAGGCAAGACCCGUUCGGCCAAACGGCGACAAGACCCCGAGGACAGAGACCACGGCCUCACCGUGAUAAACGUGGUAACGGCAAAAAAUGCUGCACCAAAAUCCCGGUCGGCACACAAGAAAGACGUUAAGGUUCUGGCGAUCUCAUCCCCGCCGGUGCAAAGCUCUAAAAAACCUCCAUCCAUUUCUUUUGGCCCGGAAGACCAGUGGGCUAAAGGAUGCCGACCUGACGACUCACCAGCAUGGGGUCAUCGGGUUAGGCGACCACUUCAUCAAACCGGACGGAGUCAUAUCCCUACCAAUCUCGGUGGGGCAAAUCCAAGGCCGAAGAUCGGCGAUGGCCGAGUUCGUAAUCCUCCGAGAUUCCACAGCCUACAACAUCAUCUUGGGGAGAAAGACAAUCAACGAUUUUGA